GAAUGGCCCAGCCCAUAUUUACCGUUGAUCUGAGAUGCCUCGUGAUCGGCUCCGUGAUCGAGAUCGAAAAAAGCAGCAGCCCAGAUUUCCAAACCCUAGCGCUCCUCUCUUCUUCUCCUCCUCCGGCCAUGGCAGAGAACGGCAGUGAACCACAAGCCCUAGCACCGUCAGAUCCCCCCGACCACUCCGCAAAGCGGAAGCCUGAUCCCGACUGUGCCGUAGAAUCCGAAGCCAAUCGUAAAAGCAAGCUUCUCAAGCCCCUCGAAGGAGAGGACAAUGGGGAGGAAGAAGAGGAGGCUAAUAAGAAGGAAAAAGGCGUGAUCACGGCAGUGGAUAAAGGGAAGGGGAAAAUGGUGGUCGAGGAUGAGCAGGUUGAUGGCGACGAUGAAGACAGCAGUAGCGAUGAUGUGAGUAACGGUGGUGUUGAUGGAGGUGAUGAGGAUGGUAGCGAUUUCGACGACGAUCCACUGGCAGAGGUCGAUCUCGAUAACAUCUUGCCGUCGAGGACGCGAAGGCGGGUGCCACCGCCGCCGGGGGCGUAUCUAGUUGUGGAUCAGGAUGAAGAUGAGGAAGACGAUGAGGAUGAAGAUGGUGAGGAGUAGAUGGUGACUUGAGAGGAGAAAAAGAGGUAAUCUUUGGACUAUUUUUAGAGUAAUUGUGCAACCUGCCUCUAUAGUUGUAUGAGUAGAAAAAUGAGGAUUUGGAUGAGCUUGCUGGUCAUCCAGUGCUUUAUGAAUAUAGUGUAGUUUGUGAUCCUUAGAAGAGCAAAGGAGAAAAAAGAUACCAUCUUUGCUGCUAGUUUAGUUUGAUUUCGCAUGCAAGAGUUUUAUUCCUGUUAAAAAUGUUUCUUUAUCAUCAAUGUAUGUGUCAUUGCUGAUUCCAUCUCUAAA